AAGCCACAUAUCGGAAGCUCCGCUGAUCAUCGAUACCCCUGUGACACUGAAUACCGCGGAUCAGCUUUUGAGUAUUGGGAAUUGCAUUUCCUAGAGAGCUGUCCAAUUUCAUUCAUCGUACUUUGGGCACUCAAUCAACCCCAACUCAUCAUGAUCUCUCCCUUAGUGCAAUGGUUUCCGACAUUUGCUACUGUCGCUUCUGUGGUAGCUGUCAUACUCUUGGGUCAAUCUCGAUCGAAAACUUGGCUCCGAACAAAAUGGGGCUCGAAUUUUGGACGCAGCCGUUUCCCCAACAAGCCGACUGAGAUAAAGAUUGAGGCCAGCCAUCGGAAGUGGGAAGUCCGCAACAAAGAUAGCGAUGAUGAGAAGCUGGACGAACUCAAAAAGCUCAAGCAACUAUACUACCAACUGCACAAUCUCGAAAAGUUCCCCGAAGUCCUUCCUCAGGCCAAGAGACUCUUGGUUUUAUUGAUGAAUGAGACAAGUGCAACGGGCCGGACACUACCUCUACAUGACAGUAUUUUGUCAGUCCCAUCCUUCUCUCGGCAUGCUCUAGAGGAGUUUCAACACAGACGUGAUCGCGCCAUUGGAAAGGAAUGGGAGGAUUAUAAUAUUCGACGAAAAGAGGGGUCUCCACGGGAGUUGGUCCGCGACAGGGAAGAAGCAAUUUGGUGGUUGAAGCAACUUUCUCCCGUCAAGUAUGUUGAUGGCGCUUGGCUGGGUUACAUUGGCAAGGUGACCACACCAUUUGCCCUCUUGAAGACGAUGAAAGGGGCAUGGCAGAUCUUGUCCGAGGAAUUGGGUGAUGGUGAUUUGCGAAAGAACCACGUCCACCUGUACCACAAGCUGCUCGAAACUACCGCUCCGGAGUUACCUACUGCGGAAUCUCCCGACUUUGGUCACUCAAGGCAUCAGCUCAACGAGCUCUCCGUAUGGAAAUCCGCAAUCGCUCAACUACUGAUUUCUCUAUUUCCGCAUGAGUUUCUACCGGAGAUAAUCGGAUUUAAUCUACAUUUCGAAGCUAUUUCAAUGGACACGCUAAAGGCCACCCGGGAAUUGAAAGAAGUUGGGAUAGACCCCUAUUACUUCCUCCUCCACAUAUCGAUCGAUAAUACCCACUCUGGCCACAGUGCGAUUGCGAUAGAGGUGGUUUGUGAAUACAUGAGGCACAUACUCGAAAGUGAAGGACAAGAAGCUGCACAAAAGGCAUGGGGAAAGCUUCAGGCAGGGUAUCUCCUCUCAGCAUGCCUGCCAGGAGCAGUUAUUUGCCCAUCCCAAAAAAUAUUGAGCAAUGACUCCGAUAUUGUUCUAAAUUCAACCGAAGUCAAGGUAAUCAGCAUAUUCAGGGCCAAGGCACAGGUUGCCCAUGGGUUUCAUUGCAGUAGCCGGGUCAAGAUUGGGUCCCGAAGCGUCGCCGACUGGCUUGACCCAGUCGCACUGGAGUCCAAAGAAUGGCAGAAGGGGCUGCUCGAUGCGCUCAGCUCAAGCAAGUACUGGAUUUGCAAGGGUGAUAGUCGCAGAAGCCGCUUUAUCCAGGAAUUGCAAUGGAAUGGAAGAAUGUUUGGCUCUUUCACCCAGGAUGAAUACGAUGUCUUGACGCAAUGGGUUGAUACCCUCCCCAGCAACUCUUCAAUUCUGCAGGCUCUCGAUGCCACGAUACAGAAUGACGAUGAUGAAAACAGCAAGGACAUCCUUUCUGGAUACCCCGUGUUUCAGCAAUCCCUCAGUGGUUGGAGUUCGGGGAUACCAAAAUCUUUCCAGCCAGCCACAACCUUGUUCAAGUUCCAAGGACUCCCAUCUUUGGAUAUUGGAAGCCGGCCAGUUAUGGACAGGUUACUACCACUGUGGAUCUCUCACCCUUGCCUUCUUCAAAUGUUCGUGUCUGUUCCGAUUAGAACCAAGAACGGAUUUGUCUGCUCAAUCAUCAAGAUUCUGCGUGCACAGGGCGGCUUCGACAUUGAGAGAGAAUGUCCUGCUGGGAUGGAUGAAGUCCAACGCACCAAUAGCCUUGGCCUUGCCGGAAUUGGUAUGAAUAUGAUGGUGCAACAGGGUCUCUCCCCUAUAGCGCUACCAUCACUAAAGGAAAUUCUCAAAAUAUAUCCUUCCGAAUUUGCGGUCUAUAUGUUACACUUUUCGAUGCGCCCAAUGAGUCACAAGGGUAUGCUCAUUGGCAUGGCAACUGCUUUUGCAAAGAUGCAUUCCGUACUAUCAGAGUCUAAAUCCGGCCUGUUGUCUAUCCAGGAUCAAGACAUUUUGCGGAGGAUAGCUCGUCGAGAACUAGAGGGACUUGAGCUUUGCUGGAAAGAACUAGAACACGAUAAAAAAGCAUAUAGCGACUGCUGUGAGGGUUAUGUCAAGGCCGCGGAUGAAAUCAAGCGCUGUUUUGAAUUGUGAAUAUCAGACCGGAGGGUAGAAGUUUGCGAUUAAAUAGUUUUCAGCUCAUAUCGCAGUUUGAUUUAAUGAUAUUUGCAAUUUAGAGACUUGAAAUGAGAAAG